UCUCAAAAACACCACCAAAAAGAAAAAAGAAAAAAAAAGAGUGUGUCACCUGAAACGGCACCGUGUAAUUAAAAAUUAGGGCAGAGGAUGACCGUCUGCUUAACGAAUACCUGAGCUGCUCAAGAACUUCCGAUCGUCUCUCUCCUUCUGUUCACCAUUACUCUCGUCGUCGCCUCCCAAACUCCUUUUCUUUUUAUUCAAUUAUCCGUGAAUUUGUUACAAUCUUAUCCCUUGAACUCCGUUUGGCUGCUGAGAAACUGCUGGAGAGAAGAAUUUGAAGAGUUUUUCCAAGUCAAAUUAACCUCAAAUCGAAACCUUCACCUCGUCUCUCACUUUCCGUUGUUUCUCCGUAUUGAAAUGAAAUGGCAAAUUGAGUGCCUAGCAGCAAUGCUCUAGCAAAUGUAAAUCGGUUUUCGUUUUGGUAAUGGACGUCAAGGCUUUAGCGAAAUCAAAUAGGGCUCACGCUCAGCGCCAUAGUAAAAAGCAUCAUCCAAAUCAGAAAGCAAAAGCUCCGGCGGUAGAUGGCGGGAAGGCAAGCGACGCCGGACCUGCAAAGAAGCCAUUGGGCAAGCAAGUUAAAGAGAAAACAAAUCCUACUCAUGGUGCCUCUGCACUCCCCACGAAUUGGGAUCGUUACGAGGAAGAAUUCGAAGCAGGUUCCGAAGAGCCAGCAGGUGAUGGGCUGAAUAGAGCCCCUGAUGUUGCUGUGCCAAUGAGUAAAGGUGCAGACUAUCGUCAUCUGAUUGCCGAGGCUCAGGCUCAGUCUGAGUUAACCAUUUAUUCAGACCCAUUUCCUUCCUUGGAUAAUGUUCUACCUGGGGACUGGAAUGAGGGGAUAGGAUCUAUGCUUUCAGUCAGGGGUGAGAGUAUUCUGUCAAGGAUUGGAGAUGAUAAUUUUGUUGUGGAGGAUAAGACUGCUGCACAUCAAGAGGUGUCAUUUCUCUCCUUGAAUUUGCAUGCUCUUGCAGAACAACUGGAAAAGAUAGCCUUACCUGAAAGGCUUUUCAUCGAAGCAGAACUUUUGCCGCCAGAGCUGCAUGUGGAGGGACAAGAUGUGACCUGCAGUCAGUCCUCUAAUCGGAUGCAAGCAACAUGUAACGAGGAAGCAACCCAAGGAAUGCCUCACGAAUCAAUUUCAGACAAGGUCCAGGUUGCUGAUCAUGAUAUUGAGAUUACGAUAUCUGGUUCAACCGGAAGUGGGCAUCCAGACCCAAUCUUGCCUAACCUAGGAUCAGUUUCCGUGAUUCAGGGUAAUAUCAAUCCAAGUAAACUUGGCAAAUCUGAUUAUCAAAGCAAAUUAUCAGAGUGCGAAACACAAUUCAGUGUGAAAUCAUUUGAGGCAUCAACUGCAGAGGCAGAACUGGAUAUGCUUCUUGACUCAUUUGGUGAGACCAAGAUAAAUGAUUCAUCUGGCUUCAGUUCUGUUAAAACUGUUUCAGGACAAGAAGCACCUUUCAUGGCUCCACUUCAACUUCCGAGAAAAGCCCCAGAUUCAUCGGUACUCGCGACUGCUAACUUUGAUGAUGAGCUUGACGACUUGAUAAAUGAAACAUCCGUACAGAUCAGACAAAGUGGUCCAUCUCAAGCCCAGAAAGAAAGGGCUGUCCAUGAAUUUCGAUCAUCCCAUUCCGGGGGAACAAAGUCCGAAGAACAGGAUGAUUUUGAUUCUUGGUUGGAUACAAUUUGAUUAUGUUAAACUAGAAAUCCACAAUAUGUAACCUUGUACUUGGUUGUUCCAAUCGGUUUACUUUUUCAA